AGCCCCAGUGGUUCCCAGGACGGCAGAGAGAGAGGGUCGCGCUCGCUCGAAGAAACUUUCCACCUUGUUGCGUAUGAGUCUUCCGUAGGACUAACAUUUAUUUACGUUUUUAUUUUCGUUAUUUUCAUGAUGUCCCGUUGUUUUAAAUGUCUUUUAAUCUUUUGAAGAUGGAAACGACGGAAGCAGGAUGUUAGAACUAUAAUAAUACUCUGACUCUGUACAAGGCAUCCGUCUUCACUCAACUGCUUUUCCAGUGUUUAUUUGCAAUCGAAGUGACGAACAAGGAACCUCAUCUUGGCUAAGCGCGCCGCCUCGGAGAAUCCUUCCCUCUCUCCCGGCCAGGGCGACCCUCCCGGCCGGCUCCUCUCAGCGCGCCAGAGGCACGUCGCCCUCCGUCCUCCGACGCCCCAAGAAGAAGAGGCUUCCCGCGCGGCCUCCCCCGGGCCCGCCCUCGACCUGCGGCGAGCGUGACGUGGCUGGGCGCCAUGUCCGCCUCACCUCGGACUUUUUUCCAAGUGCUGCGGCCGCACACGUCUCGGCGAGGGAAGAGCCUGUACAGCGGCCUCGUCGUGGCGGGCGCCACGUACCUCUUGUGCCGCGCGGUGUGGCUGGGCGUGGGCGGCGCGAGCGACUCCCGCCAGGACGCCCGCGCCGGCCCCGACAUCCACAAGUGGGAUUUUCAGGCUGGCUUCGUCAGGGAGGACAAGGAGGUCAGGUCGCGGCUCCCGCAGGACGCAGUCAAUGGGACCUCUCCUCACAGGCGGGCCCUGCGGUACUUGAUUGAGGAGCCCGACUUCUGCAGCCGCUUCCCCGACCUCAGGAUCAUUUCCUACGUGCACUCCGCCGCCAGGAAGACGGAGAACAGACAGCUGAUCCGGGACACGUGGGGGAGCAUGAAGUACUACCAGCAGAUUCACCUACGCAUUUUCUUCGUCUUUGGAGCUGCGGCGUCUCAGGAGGAACAAGACAUCAUCAACGAAGAGAGUGAAAAACACCACGACAUCAUCCAACUUGACUUUGUGGAUUCGUAUAAAAAUUUAUCAUAUAAGGGGGUGUCGGCCCUGCAGUGGAUCACGGAGCACUGCCAGCAGGCGCAGUGGAUCCUCAAGAGCGACGACGACAUGAUCAUCAACGUGUUCGGCCUGGUGGACUACCUCGACGUGUACAGCAAGUGGCUGGCCUCGCGCAACGAGGGUCCCCCCAACACGAUCAUGUGCGCCGUGUGGUGGGGAAUGCCCGUCCUGCGAGGCAAAGGCUGCGCCAAGUGGUGUGUCACGGAGGACGAGUGGCCAGAGAAGUCCUACCCGACGUACUGCUCCGGCAGCGCCUUCGUCAUCCCGACGCACUUGGCGCCGAAGCUCUACCACGCCUAUUUCCAUGCGCCGUUCCUGUGGGUCGAUGACGCCUACAUCUCGGGUGUGUUGCCUCGGCAGGCGGGCAUCAAGCACAGGCCUAUCCACUCGCUCUACGAGCUCAACCACUUCCUCAUGGCGAAGAACGUGAUCCACGGCAACCGCCUCUUCUGCCACCACCCCGGCAAGGCGCUCCCGCGGGCGGCCUGGUGGCCCCUCAUCGCCGCCAAGGAGGGCCGGGGCUGACGCUGGUUCCGCCCUCACGCCGGGGGAGGCGCUGCGGGAGUCAACAGUAUACUUGCGGCAUCUAGAUUUUCAUACGAGACUGAUAUAUAUUUUGAAACGAUGUAUAUAGGACUACGUGGCAAUAGUAGGACGCGCUUCGAAGCUGGAGCAUUUUCACACAGAUAAAAUUUAUUUGUAAACUUGUUUGUGAAUCUUGUGUUUGGUAAAGGGCUUUGUAGGGAAGAAGUAAGAAUUUUUCGUAGUAAUAA